AUGCCAGCUACCAUCGUGGCCGGAAACUGGAAAAUGAACACUACCCUUGAGGAAGCCAGAGAAUUGGCUGAGGGAGUGCGCAGCCUGGCGGAUAACACUGGAGGCGUAGAGACCAUACUCUGCCCUCCCGCAAUUUCGCUGUCCGCAGUCAAGGAGGCGGUUUCCGGUUCCACCGUCAAGGUAGGGGCCCAGAACAUGCACUGGGAGGACUCCGGCGCAUUUACAGGUGAAGUAUCCCCAGCAAUGCUGGUUGGACUCUGCGAAUACGUAAUCCUGGGCCAUUCGGAGCGACGGCAGUUGUUUGGCGAGACUGAUGCUCAGAUUAAUCAGAAGGUGAAGGCUGCCUUUCGGCACGGCCUGAAACCAAUUCUUUGCGUCGGCGAGACCCUGGAGGAACGGGAGUCGGGACAAGCAAGGGAAAUAAUGGCCCGGCAGGUGAUGUCUGGGCUGGACGGCACCGUAGGACUUGACAUAAAUGGCCUGGUAGUGGCCUACGAACCUGUUUGGGCCAUCGGUACCGGUCAGGCAGCGACCCCGGACAUAGCGGCGGAAAUCAUGGGAGGCUCCAUCCUGGAGGCGCUUCAUUCCUUGUUUGGACCCGAUGCCGAUGACAUUCCCCUCCUGUACGGCGGCAGCGUCAACGUCGGCAACAUUGCCGACUUCGCCUCCCAAUCUUGUAUCCAUGGAGCUUUGGUUGGGGGAGCAAGCCUUCAAGCAGAAUCCUUCAUGGAAAUUGCCCGACUGGCCGGGGUAGCCAAGUCCGGCAAUUCCUAA